AUGGAUAUGCCCUGGUCAUUGGCUAAAUCAUUGAGCACGCACAUUUUAAACACAAUUAAACAAGCGCGAAACUCGAAACCCGAACAAAUUAAAUACUACAACAUCAACGAGACUAUUGUGACCAGGAACAUUUCACAAAUUAUCGACUUGUUUAUGAACCACACUGUUAACUUUAAUGAGCAAGCAUGUCUUAAAGUACGGGAACGGGAUAUGGGCCGGGAGUUGAUGAACAACUGUUACGCCGAAAUGGCGUCCCUUAUAAGGGAUACCAUCGCCAGAGACUACGUGACAGUCGUGUGCGAGAAGGCCUACUGUGUGACAGCCUUUUUCAAUCGUCCAGCAGUUAUGUAUGAGUUCUUUUUGGGCCCUUUAUAUAUAGGGGUCUAUAGAAAUAAUUAA